CCCAGGCGAUGGCGGUGGUGAUGGCAGUGGCGAGAUAGCGCUGGUCCGGGUACCGCAUUCUAUAUUACACCGUGGUGUAGCGCGUGUGACCGGCAUUAGCAGUUGUGGCUCGGCGAGGAGAGGCACGACGUCAGUGUACAAGACCACCAUGGUUCGCUCCACAAGUGUUUUAGUGCUGGUAUUAGUGUUGGUGUUGAUGUUGGUGCAUCCUGCAAUCCUGCAGUGCGUGACUGGUGAUGAUGCCAACAUGAAAUUCACAGAAGACAAUCGACUUCAGCUGCUGGACAGUGAAAUGCAGUUCUCUCUAGAGUUGCUACAGAAAGUCAAUAGUUUGCAUCCUUCAGAAAAUAUUUUCCUCUCCCCCUCCAGUGUCUAUAACGCCUUGCUGCUGGCUUACUUUGUCUCCGCAAACCAUACAGAGGCGUCCAUGAAACAAGCUCUUUACUUACCGGAAAAUCAGGAUAAACUGGAUACAAUAGGAGCAUAUCAAUUAGAGAAAUAUUACCAGAAACUGAGAGCUUUCAAAAAUUCACUGAACUAUCAGCUGAGCAGUGCAAAUCGCAUGUUUAUCAGCAAUGAACAGAACGUCAGGCCCUGUAUGAUGAGGCUCUUCAAUGAUGAGAUAGAGAUAGCAGACUUCACCAACAAUCUGACAGCUACUGUUGGGAGAAUCAACAGCUGGGUAUCAGGAGAGACCCGGAACAACAUCAAUGAUCUACUUAGCAGUGACUCUCUUACCUCGAACACAAACUUAGUAUUGGUGAAUGCUGCUUACUUCCGAGGUCUUUGGAAGAAUCAAUUCUCCCCAAGUGAUACAAAAGAAACUGAGUUCAAAACAGCUAAUGGAACAAACGUCCCAGUUAUGAUGAUGUCUAUUGAAAGUGAAUUUAGCCAUCUGCUGGAAGAAAAACUGGAGGCGGACGUGUUGGAACUGCCUUACGAAGGGGAUAACAUUAGCUUGUUUAUUUUGAUGCCGUUGGACCCCUCACCUACUGCCAUACAAGUACUGCUGAACAAAACUGAUGCAAACAUUCUGCGAGAUAUAAUAAACAGAACGUACACCAUAUCCAACCAAGUGUCUGUCGCUAUCCCCAAGUUCAGUAGUGAUCAGUCUUUGGAGCUCACACCUGUACUGGAGUCCAUGGGAAUAGGAGAUCUGUUUGAGAGUUCAGCAGACCUGAGCACUCUGACUGGAGCUCCUGGACUGCGACUGGACUCUGUCAUCCACAAGGCCAAGAUCACAGUUGAUGAAGAAGGAACUGAGGCAUCUGCAGCAACAGCCAUCUUUGCAAAUAGGUUUGCUGUCAAUUCCUUCAUCGCAAACCGCCCUUUUGUGUACUUCUUGUUGGAAAAGAAGUUAAACAUGAUACUAUUUGUUGGUGUUUUCAACUCACCAGAAACGUGAUAACAAAUUUUUUGAACUGGAAUUUAUGUUUAAUUUUUUAUGAAUUCAAAGUGAUGUAUAGGUAUAGUGUUUGUGAUAUGUGUUUACAAUAUUUUAUUUAUUUGUGUUAUUGUUUAAGAUCUUUUGUAUGAAACCUUUAAACAAUACAAAUUUCCUUUAACAUUAA